CUGGGACUGAGACUGCAAUGAAUCUUUCUCUUCGCCAAAAAACCGUGGCCAUAUUGUGAAUAUGGGACGUGUUAUUCGUGGCCAGCGUAAGGGUGCUGGAAGUAUUUUCAGAUCACAUACCAAGCACAGAAAAGGAGCUGCUAACUUAAGAGUUCAAGAUUAUGCUGAACGACAUGGUUAUAUUAAGGGUGUAGUAAAGGAUAUCAUCCAUGAUCCUGGUCGUGGUGCACCAUUAGCUGUCGUAGUCUUCCGUGACCCAUACAGAUACAAGCUACGCAAGGAACUCUUUAUUGCCACUGAGGGAAUGUACACUGGUCAGUUCAUCUAUUGUGGCAAGAAAGCUACACUUCAGAUCGGCAAUUGCCUUCCUGUUGGUGCCAUGCCAGAAGGAACAAUAAUAAGCUGUGUUGAAGAAAAGACUGGAGAUAGAGGCAGGAUUGCACGCACAUCAGGCAACUAUGCUACGGUCAUCUCUCAUAAUGUAGAAACCAGGCGUACAAGGUUGAAGCUUCCUUCUGGAAUUAAGAAGGUUGUACCAUCUGUAAAUCGUGCUUUGGUUGGUAUUGUUGCUGGAGGUGGUCGUAUUGAGAAGCCUAUGCUCAAAGCAGGACGUGCUUACCACAAAUACAAGGUUAAAAGAAACUGCUGGCCUCGUGUUCGUGGUGUUGCUAUGAAUCCUGUGGAACAUCCUCACGGUGGUGGUAACCAUCAACAUAUUGGUAUGCCUUCUACAGUCAGAAGAGAUACAUCAGCUGGGCGUAAAGUUGGUCUUAUUGCUGCUAGACGUACUGGUAUCAUUAGGGGAGGAAAGAAGAUUCUGAAAGAAGACAAAGAAUAAACCAAAGCAUCUCCUUAAAAUGUCCAAAUAAAACACCCAUUGUAAAUUGC